AUGGAGUCCACUCCGAUCUGCCGGUGCCGUGUUUUGUACCUUGGCUCAGCGGUGCCGCAGCAGAGCAAGGACGGCUUGCAAGGCAUCCAGGAACCUUUACGCGAAUUGUAUCCGGAAAAGGGAGCGACAACCGGCGGCAUAGACUCGUGGCUUUCAGUGUGGUCAAAUGGAAUUUUGCUAGAGAAUGUCGAUGAGAGCGGCUCGAGAGUGUCGCGAUUUUUUCCCAUAUCGAGCCUUCAUUAUUGCGCAGCCGUGAGACGUGUCAGUGUUGAGGGUGCGCCGAGAUUUUUACCUUUAGACUCUCCGUUCGCUAGAGCGCCAGCGGCAAGGCGACCUCCUUUAUUUGCAGCUGUUUUGCGGCGCACUCAAGGAAUCAAAGUUCUCGAAUGUCACGCCUUUAUCUGCAGGCGUGAGGCGGCAGCCAAUGCUCUAGUACGUUGUUGUUUUCACGCGUAUGCAGAUAGUUCAUAUGCUAAGCGCUUAGAAGCAGAGCGAUCACCUUCACAACUACCAGAGCCAGAUGAAGAGGUUGAGGUUUAUGACGGGGAUGAAAAUCAUAAAGUUUGGAUCGGAGAAAUUGAGAGAGAUGAUGCGAGCGAUGAGAUUCCGCAUCCCGCUCGUGCACCUCGACCUCGGCAGAUAACCCGGCCUGCCUCUGUGCCACCACCGCCCCCGCCGCCUGAAGAGCCUAAGAAAAAGGGUCCGGCGCCCAUGAUGAAUGGUAGAUCUUUAGGUCGAGCCCCUCCAGCUUGGGCAGCGGCUCAUCCUAUGGUGUUGGUUGCGCAUCCUGCUGCAACUUUACCACAUGCGCGGCCAUCUACUCUUGGUCACAGAGGUCGUGUCCCGGCUGCUUUAGCUCCAGGUCCCUACGGCCCAGUUCCGCCUCCGGGAAGAGGCAGAAUUCAAUACGCGACCGUCGACCCAAGACGCUCGAAACCGCAGCCGCCUGCUCUCAAAGCUGCUCAAAGUAUGACGACUUUGGAAGCUGUUGAAGACGCCGGCGGAAUAUACAGAAAAAAGGGUCAUAUGAACGAGCGUGCUUUUUCUUACAGUAUAAGACAAGAGCACAGAAGUCGAUCGCAUGGAUCUCUAGCAAACCUUAAAUUCGCUGCUCCACCAGAGGUGGAGACAGGUCGUGAAGAGUUGAAAAAGGAGCGAGAGAUCAUGCAGCUGGUGGCUGGGCUACAAUUAAACUCUGAAGAGAUCGAAAGACGCGAAAUACCACCACAUAUGAUGAGAGGGCGACAUGCGCCAAGGUAA